AUGUGCUUUGGCGGAUCUAGACGCAAGACCUACGGCGGCGGCGGCGGCGGCAUGAUGGGCGGGCCCCGCCCCGCGGUUGUUCAGACCCACCACCACCACCACGGAGGUGGUAUGGGCGGCGGUAUGGGCGGCGGCGGAAUGAUGGGCGGUGGCAGAACCGGUCCCCGGUCUGGUUUCGGCGGCGGCUUCGGCAGACGCGGCAUGGGCGGUGGCGGCAUGAUGGGAGGACGCAGACGCUGCUGA